AAUAACUCCCACCCAUUUCUGAGAACAGUGCAGGCAGUUUAUCUGUUAACUCACAGGCUGCUAGCUGCCUUUAUAAAAAGUUCUUCCAGUUUUGCAUACUUCCUCAUUGAGCUAGUUUCACUGCAAAGAUGAAGAAGCUCAUUUACUUAGUCUUGUUUAAGACAGCUCUGCUUGCUUUUACAAAUGUUUCUGCACUUGCAGAUGAACAUACAGAGCGUGUUAAAGAAGGAAAAGCUAUUGAUGCUUGUCCUAUAAAGCUCAAAACCAAUGGGGAAUGUGAAGAAGGAGAGGAAUGUCCAUAUCAGAUAAACCUGCCUCCGAUGACCAUCCAGUUACCUAAGCAGUUCAGACUGAUUGAGAAGACUCUCAAAGAAGUACAAAAUCUUAAAGAUGUAGUAAACAAAUUGAAGAAAUCUUGCCAAGACUGCAAGUUGCAGGCAGAUGACAACCAAGAAAAAGACAGUACUGAAUUCCUGGCACCUAAUACAGAAGUCCCAACAGAAAACAGUAUGAUACAAGAUAACAGAGUAAAGGAAUUACAGAGCAAAGUUAAUAAACUGUCAGCCAGUUUGAAGAAUGCAAAGAAUCGGAUCCACUCACUGCAGGGUCAUCUGGAAAAAAUAAGCCUCAUAAACAUGGACAACGUAGAAAGUUAUGUCGACAGCAAAGUAGCAAAUCUGACAUAUGUUGUGAACAAUUUGGAUGACAGAUGUUCUUCUAAGUGUCCAGUCAUACAACCAAGUCCUGUUAUACAAUUAAUGCAGAGAGACUGUGCUGAUCAUUACACAGCAGGUCGAAGGCGUAAUGGAAUCUACAGAGUUAUUCCUGAUCCAAAAAAUAAUAGCUUUGAGGUUUACUGUGACAUGGAAUCAAUGGGAGGUGGUUGGACAGUGCUACAGAUGCGUCUAGAUGGUAGCAUUAACUUCAACAGAACAUGGAAUGACUACAAAAAUGGCUUUGGAAAUCUCAGCAGGGAGUUUUGGCUGGGGAAUGAUAAAAUUCAUCUCCUGACCAAAAGCAAAGAUAUGCAGCUGAGAAUUGAGCUUGAAGAUUUCAAUGGUAUUCGAGAGUAUGCGAAAUAUGAACAGUUCUAUGUAGCCAAUGAAUAUCUCAAGUACCGUCUAAGUGUCAGUGGCUAUAGUGGUACAGCCGGAGAUGCCCUGCACUUCAGUAAACAUUACAACCAUGAUCAAAAAUUCUUCACUACUCCGGACAAAGACAAUGAUAAGUAUCCAUCAGGAAAUUGUGGGGCUUACUACAGCUCUGGCUGGUGGUUUGAUAAAUGUUUGUCUGCCAACCUAAAUGGCAAAUACUAUCACAAAAAAUACAAAGGUGUUCGCAAUGGGAUUUUCUGGGGCACCUGGCAUGAUGUUUCUAAUGAUCUUCCAAAUGGUUAUAGGCAAGCUUUUAAACAUGUAAAAAUGAUGAUCAGACCCAAAGCCUUUGUGCCAUAAAUCAGCACCCUCUGCUGUAACCAGUUUGUAAUGGUCAUACUAAAAAUAUCAUACUUAUUCAGUAUCAUAUUAAAAAUACAAAAUAUUGGAGUAUUUUAAUAUUCAAUCCUAAUAUAAUCCUUCCAAGAUGAAAGAAAGUAUCUCAACAUAAAAUGUUUAUAGAUCCCCCCCAUGCCUUAUAAAGACAGUUUUAAUGCUUCAGAGUAGGUGUUGCUAAAACUUCAGCAUCGCUAAAUUCUGAAUUUGAAGGCAUUGAUUUUAAUGUUUCAGUUGUACUUUUACUAUCUGCAGCAUACCAGGUUUCUACAAUCUACAACUUUUUAAAACUUCUACAAAGGUAGCUGAAUGAAAACCCAUAUUUUUUGCCUGAAAAUAUCUUGCAAACAUUUCUGAUUACAUAUAAUCACUUAGGAUGAAACUCAGUAUCUACUUAUCUGGAUCUCGUUAUAUCAUCUGUGCCUUCAUAAACAUUACAAAUAUAUGAUCACAACACUACCACGAACUAAGAAUUUUAAAUUUUAAAAUGACUGAGGCAGAGAUCACCUAAUUUGCUCAAAGUCACAAAGCAACAUUGGACGCAGAGUCAGGAACUGAAAACAGAUUUUCUGAGUCCCCAGUCCAUCCCCUUGAUCAAAAGACCAUCCAACCGAGUAUAGUUGCAGAGUUGAAGAAAAGCAAAUGGAAAGGGUGUGUAGACUAAGUAUGGAGUGAAACAGCAACUCCACAGGAUGUUUUCCCCCAAGCUGUUUGCUUCGAGACCACGCUUUUUGCUUCUUUGAUGAAGGAAAGUCAACAGCUCCACAGCUUGUCAGAGACUUAUGCUAGCAGGACUGGUGCAGGAAGCAUCAGAAAGGAUUGAGUUCUUGUACUACUGCCUCCAGAUCUAGAGAAAUGGAGUUUGGUUCCCUUACAGCCUAAAACCCUGUGGUUUCACACCCAAAUCUCCCUUCCUCUGCAUCCUCUAUUCAAGGUGAAUUUUAUGAGAUUGCAGGGAUUCAAACUUAAUUUUUUUUAACUUGUCAGAAUUUUUUAUUUAUCACCAGGGAAAAGAUUACGUAGAAAAACACACACCCAAAUAUAAAAUCAAAGUAGGGUUUUCCCCCAAUGAAUUACUUUUAUACAAUGAACAGAAAGGAAGCAGAGAUUUUCUUUCAGAGUAGCAGCCGUGUUAGACUGUAUUCGCAAAAAGAAAAGGAGUACUUGUGGCACCUUAGAGACUAACAAACUUAUUAGAGCAUAAGCUUUCGUGAGCUACAGCUCACUUCAUCGGAUGCAUUCUUGUUGUUCUUAUUGUUGUUCUGAAGUGUAAGAAAUAAAAUGUAACAGAUGUUCAAACAUUUCAUGAAUUACAAACCAAAGAGACUUUCCAGAUCAUAAUGAAUACUGUACAUAGUGAAUUUAAAUUUGAUAAGAUUAAGGCCUUGUCUGUACUUAGGUUAUACUGGCUCUCAGAAUGAAGUAAGUUAUAGUGGGUCAAAGACUUUUUGCUGGUAUAACUGCUUCUACAGUAGGGCUUUUCCUGGAAUAGCUAUAUCAGUCGGGGUAUGACUUUUUCACACCUAACCAACAUAGCUAUGCCAGCAAAAUUUUUAAGCAUAGUCAGGUCCAAUACUUACAAACAUGAUAUUUACUACUUUUCGAUAUACCAAACUGAACUGUGCAUUAGUGAUUUAUAUACAAUAAUCUAUGGUGACAAUGACCAAAUUAUAAGAUAUUAAUAUAUUUUAAAGGAAUUAUAAAUAUUUUGAAGGAUAUUUUGAUGAGAAAUGUCAUUUGCUUUAUUGUGUUUUCAUUUUAAAAGAUGGUUGGAUGAUUUUAAUACUAUCAGAUGUAUACUCUUUGCUCAAGAACACAUUUUGAAGUUACAUUAUAUUUCAGGAUAAAAAUGAAUUAUUUAAACAAAAAAAAGUUUUUGAUGCACUGGCUAGAAGAGCGAUUUUAGUAGAAUAUUAUUAUAUUUAAUCACUUGGUAUAAAGUGCACUAAUUGUUCCUAAACAAUGAAAAAUAAAUGUAUUUAGAAACUUAUUACUCAGCUAAUUUGUUACAAGUGAAACUGACCUUUGUUUCUUGUUUAAUGAUUUUUUGUUAAAAUAUAGACAUUUUAAAAUCAGAAUACUGUUUAUUUACAGGAUUAUUUACAGGAUUCUUGACAUGUUGUUAAAGGGAAAAAAUCAGUCUAAUGUUGAUAUUUUCAAAGCUGGAUACUCCCUUCCUAGAACUAUUGGGCUGGAUUCUCCAAUUAUUCACAUUAGUUUUAUACAAGUGUAACUUCAGUAAUUUCAAUGGCGUUACUCUCAGUUUACACUGGUAUGAAUAAAGUCUAAUUCACACCCAUAACGUCCAUAUGGUAGUUAUAGUACUUGUUUGAAAGGUUCCUUGAUCUGAAUCCUCAAACACAGUAUCUCACAAAUUAUUCCUUUGAUGUUCUAUAACAAUUCAAUCACUGAUGAAACAGACUCCAGUAAGCGAACUCAGAAUGGCCAACUGUUGACAAAAGGACUGUGGAAUUUUACACAGCUGACUAUGGGUACCUUCCAGCUAUAGAGGUGCAGUCUAUGGACACUACAGGUGAGCAUAUAAUACCAAUGGCUGAAUUCUGAGAUAUCAAUGACAGGUUACUCAUAUAUUGCUGCAGAACAGUCGGGUCCCAGACCCUGUAGUUUUCAGAGGCUGCAUCUCCAUAUUAAAGAUAAGGCAGCUGAUCUAUUUUUAAAUUAUGUGAGACCUUUGGGCUCAUGUACAGCUGUCAACAUGAUCCUUGACUGGACAAAGUUUAGUAUCUCUGAAUUAAAGCAUUUAAAAAAAAUCUUAUACAACCUAUACACUCUCUUUCUCUACACAUGGGCUUAAUAAUGCAAAGUAUGUCUUUCAAUUUACAAAAAACACAUAUAUGAUAAUAAAAUUUUUAAUCUAAUAAA